CGUUCUCAACUCUCCGUCGCCAUCUGCCACAUCGGCGAGGAUGCAGUCAGCCCCACGCAAGUCGAACGACACGGUGUCUGUGACGAUCCCAGGCAGCGGGGGCGACGUCCGAGUCGCCCUGCUCGUCUCCCCAGCGCAACCCAAGGUCGGUCUUCACGACCACAGUGGCCACAAACCCACUCCACUCAACUUUCACCACGACCUCGCUCACCUUCGCAAACAGGUCGUCACCCGCGCUCCUCCACCGCGCCUCCCACCCGACGCCCUGCUCGCCAUCCAGCCAGCGAGCUCGGGCCUUCUCGGUACACCCUUUGACCCGUCUCCCAGAUUCGAAUACCCUUUCCCUUCGCCGGACAUCACAUCACCCAUCCCUACUUCAAACGCUUUUGAUCUCAUGGUCUCCGCCGCACAGCACGCCCCGCUCGCCCCUUCCACGAUAUCCCCACUCGCGUCCUUUUCAUCCAUGGCACUAUCCCUUCCAAACCCCUCCUCAAUCUCGCUACGACCGCCACCGCGAACAGGUUCUCCCAGACUCACCUCCACGUCCCCAUCCCCAUCCACGUCACCAUCCACAUCAUCACACCAUGGCUCGUUCAAACGGGGCAUACCUCACAACCACCGCGAUCCUCCCGUUCCACCCACGCUCGUUCGCCGCUUAGGCCGCAGUCCCAAUGUGCAAGACGUCUCGGUCCCUACACGAGCUCCGAACGCUCGACAUGCACCAACAAGAUCCCGUCCAUAAACCACAUCAUCUACAUAUUUAACUCUGUACGGUUGCCUCUCGUCGCUCGUCUGUUCUCCUUUCUGUCUGUCAUCCUUGCUUUCUCAUUUCGUGGUUCUCACAUGGCUAUCGGCUUUCUCGUUGUGCAUACUUAUGAUAGUGCCUGCUUCCUGCUUCCUCCCUAACCUUUCGUCUAUACACCCCCCUCCUCCUCCCAAUCCCCAUCUCGGUCCAAUAUUCCCCGUCCCCCAGGGCACCAGUGUACGAAUACUCUCCAUCGCUCCGUCUAGUCCUCGCCCAUUCGCAUCUGUAUCUUCCUUCCUAUUCUGCUGUAGCCACACAUACACGAG